AUGGAGACUCAAGAGAAUCUCCUCGUUCAAGAGAAUAGUCGUCUGAAAAGUGAGCUGCUGAAAAUAAGCACUCUCCUCGCCCAGUCAACUUCAAAUUCCAUUACGCUCCGCGCCGCACAGCAAAGCUUCGUCGCUGAUCUUACUGAGCAGAUCACACGAUUGGAGAAGGCCCGGCAGCGACAAUAUGCCUUACGACGAGAGCUUGAGGAAGAGCGAGAACGUAACGCUAUAUUGGAAAACAAAGUCCGUGAAGUAAUCAGAAAUAUGAGCGAUCUCGAAAAUGAUCGCGACAUCCUUAAUGAUAAAUUAAGCGCGAGCUAUGAGGCGCGAGAGCAGCUGGCAGCGCAGUUAAAUGAGAAAGAACGUGGUGUGGAUGCGUUAAAUAAGCGAAUCUCAAAUUUGGUAAACGAAGCCAGAGCUUCUGCGCUCCAGGCAGAUCGGAUCCGAAGGGAGAAUGUUCGACUUAAGGACAUGUGUGUGCAAUUAAAGCGAAAAUGCACGGAGGUCAAAGAAGGAGCUGCUAACUUGCGGCGGUUGAAUGCAGAAAAACUACGACUUAGGGAGGAAUUGAAAUUGGUACACGAGGGACGAAUUGAGGUGAUGAAACCGCUGGAGGAGAAGAACGUGUUCUUCUCUGCAGUCGACAAAAGCGGGCGGGGACGAAUAUCUAGUGACGAGACGCCAACCUUCAUUUGGAACGAAACAAAGCGGUCAACAAGAGAGAUGGAGAAGUUCGGCUUACAGAUAGCCCAAUUAGAGCGAGCCCUUGAAGAAAUGGCCAAGAUUUGA